AUGUCAGACUUUGUAUUGAAGGUAGCAUUAGGAGAGUGUGAAUCAAGUUUUAGUUUGGAGAAUGCUGUUUGUAAUCAUGGUUUCUUCAUGAUGUCUCCCAACAACUGGAUUCCCUCUACCAAAACCUUCCAAAGACCUUUGAGACUCUUUGAUUCUACUACCUCUGUCAUGGUAUCCAUCUCACACCCUCCAAACCAUUCUUUCAUUUCUGUCCAAGUUCAUGACUUGGACACACUCUCCCUUUUAGACCAAGAAUCUAUAUCGAAACAAGUUUGUAGAAUGCUAAGGAUAUCGGAGAAAGUUGAAAAGGAUGUGAGAGAGUUCCAAACACUGCAUGUGGAGGCUAAGGACAAAGGUUUUGGUCGAAUUUUUCGAUCUCCUUCUCUGUUUGAAGAUGCUGUUAAGUCAAUCUUACUAUGCAAUUGCACGUGGAAAAGGUCAUUAGAGAUGGCAAAAGCACUUUGCGAGCUUCAACAAAAAGUAAUUGACCUGAAACCAAUCGGAAAAAGAACAAGAUACAUGAGAAACCAAGCAGAAAAUGUUUCAGGUAAAAAAGUAAAAGGUCGAGUUACAGGAAAUUGUCCGAGCGCGAAGGAGCUAUCUAGUCUGGAUGAGGAUUUCUUGAAACAACAUUGCAAAGUUGGGUACAGAUCAAAGCGCAUCAUUCAACUUGCCAAAGAGUACAAAAAAGGAACGUCCAUGCUUAAUGAAGUCGAAGAGAUGUUAGACUCAACUAAUUCUUACAAAAAGAUACAUAGAAAAUUGUUGAAGAUCAAAGGCUUUGGUCGUUUUGCAAGUGCAACUGUGAUGAUGUGCAUUGGAUGCUGAUGUGC